AUUUCCUUGCAUUUUCCCCCUCCUUCUGCAAUGGCUGCUCCUUUUUGGGGGAAACUUUGGAGGGUCAAAGGGUCACCCCCAUUUCUCUGGAUCCGCCGGGGGGCUUCAGCAAACGGUAGCCGAGGCCCUGAUGCCCCUGGAGAGGCACAACAUCCACUAUCGGCCACUGAAGGAGGGCAGAAACUCACCCGCAUGUGGCAAAAGGAGGGCAUCAGGAACAUUGUCUUAAAUCACUCCCAGAAAAGAAAUGCUCUCUCACUCUCCAUGCUGAGGUCUCUCCGUGAGGACAUUCUACAUGAUAUUGAAAAUACUGAUCUGCGUGUCAUCAUCAUUGCAGGUGAAGGGCCUGUUUUUUCCUCUGGGCAUGACUUAAAGGAACUGACUCACAAGACAGGUGAGAAGCACCACAUGGAAGUUUUUAAGACCUGUGCUGAGAUCAUGACUCUCCUUCCUAAGCUUCCUGUGCCAGUGAUCGCCAAGGUGAAUGGCCUUGCCACCGCGGCCGGUUGCCAGCUUGUGGCCAGCUGUGAUAUUGCUGUGGCCAGUGAGAAAUCUAAGUUUGCCACCCCGGGAGUGAACGUUGGGCUGUUUUGCUCGACUCCUGCAGUCGCUGUGGGGAGAUCACUUCCAAGAAAGGUUGCCUUGGAGAUGCUGUUUACCGGGGAACCCAUGACGGCACAGGAGGCUCUUCUGCAUGGACUCAUCAGCCGAGUGGUACCUGAGCACAGGUUGGAAGAUGAGACUUUGAGAAUUGCCCACAAGAUAUGUGAGAGCAGCCGAGCCGUCGUGGCCCUGGGGAAAGCCACCUUUUACAAACAAAUUGAGCAGGACAUUGGCGCAGCCUACAAGGUGACCUCGCGGGUCAUGGUGGACAAUCUGGCCAUGAAGGAUGGCCGGGAAGGGAUUGAGGCCUUCAUCUCAAAACGCAAACCAAGUUGGUCACAUUCCUGAAACUAAGCUUGCCACCCUCUGCCUUUAUAAGCUGUGCCAAAUGAUGGUCUUGAGGUUUCAAAAAUUGAUGGCUUCCCAAAUUGAAAAUCGUAAAGGCUCUUCAAAACAAUGCUCUUCUUUUACCUGCACAAAGUAAAGGGAUUGGCGGGGUGAAAACUGGAAAUGCUUCAUGGUUGUGUAGAAGAAGGUAUUCCAGUAAGUAUUGCUUGUUAGAUCGUUGUGAGUUUUCCAGCCUGUGUUUGGUGGUUCCUAUGUAGACUUGUCUACAGUUGCAUGGUAUAUGGUUAACUCCUGCAAAGGUGUCUCCUCUCACCUUUGCAGGAGUCUACUGUAUACCAUGCAGCUGUGGAAAAGUCUUCAUAGGAACCACCAAAAUGCAGCAUUGCCCAAAAACAAUUCAGGGAGCAUGAAAGGCACUGCAGAUUACUUCAACCAGAGAAGUCAUAGCAGAGCACCUGAUGAACCAACCUGGAUACAGUAUAUUAUUGGAGAACAAAGAAAUGCUGGACCACUCUCACAACCACCAUGUCAGACUACACAGAGAAGCCAUUGAAAUCCACAAGCAUGUGGACAAUUUCAACAGAAAGGAAGAAACCAUGAAUAUGAACAAAAUCUGGCUACUAGUAUUUCAAAAACUCUAAAAUUAUAACAGUAAAUAAAGAAUGACACUCAAAUUCCAGACAAGAAACAAUCAGGGACAGCUAAUCACCUCCCAACAAAGGAUUCCCCCGGGCAGUAGGAAGCAAAACCUUGAAACUCUUAGGCCAUUAAAAACUAAUAAAGGUGGCCAAUUGCAAUAUUCACACCUACCUCAAACAGACAAACCUCUGAGGAUGCUUGCCAUAGAUGCAGGUGAAACGUCGGGAGAGAAUGCUUCUAGAACAUGGCCAUAUAGCCCGAAAAACCUACAACAACCCAGUGAUUUCAGCCAUGAAAGCCUUUGACAAUAGAACAACAGACAAAGAGUUCUUACUCCCACCCUGGACAUCAUUCCACAGAUAUCUAAACCCAAUUUUCCUAGUUUCCAACUGACCUCUCAAUCUCUGAAGAUGCCUGCCAUAGAUGCAGGCAAAACGUUAGCAGAAAAUGCUUCUGGAACAUGGCCAUACAGACUGGAAAACUCACAACAACCCAGUGAUUCCAGCCAUAAAAGCCUUCGACAAUAUAUUGCUUGUUAUCUAACUGCAUGACAAGCAACAAGGGCUGAAAUUCCCUCUUCUUCACAACCAUUAUAGCAGGCAUGGGAAAACUUCAGCCUUCGAGGUGUUUUGGACCAUUAGGUUGUAAGGCUAUUAGGAAUUGUGGGAGUUGAAGUCCAAAACACCUGGAGUGCCGAAGUUUGCCCAUGCUUGUAUUUGAGGAACAGAAGCCUCAAUUUUUAUGCCUUUAAAAUAUUUGCCUUUAUUUCCUUUCAGAGUUAAAAAUGUGAAUGAUA